AUGAUCUUCUCUCACCUUGUGCUUGCAACUGUGGCCGCAGCUGGUGUUGUGCACGUGCCUCUGACGGGUCGAGCUCUUGAUGACGUUCCCGAGGUUCGAGACUAUCUGUCUAAGCGAGCCUUCCCCGACGGCGUGGUCCAUGCCGAUCAGAUCAUGGGCCAGGUCUUCUACGAGACCUAUCUCCAGAUCGGAACCCCUGCUCAGAACCUUUCAUUCAGUUUCGACACCGGCUCGGGCAACCUGUGGUCUCCUGGAAAGAACUCCACCUCCUGCGAGGCUGGCCAAUGCCGUGAGGACACUAUGUUUGACAUUUCUGCGUCCGAGACGUGGAAGUUCAAACGCACCGGCAGGUGGUGGGGUGGCAACGGCAUCUUCGGAUCAGAGACGGUCCGCUAUGCUGGCCAGACUCUCAAAAACUUUGAGUACUGGGUCUCCACCGACCAAAUGAACAACAACUUUGGCAUUUUCGGCCAGUCUGCAUUUAAAGACCCCUCGGUGAGCUUUGUCCAGGGUCUGGCCCACGCUGGUAAGAUUUCCCGAGCCGUCUACUCCCUCAACUCCGAGGCCUCCAUCACCCGAUGGAACCUGGACGCCCCCAAGUCCGAGUGGAGACGAACCGUGAACAACGUCUACUACGGAGGCUAUGACCAGGCCAAGUACCAGGGACCCCUGACCGCUAUCGACGUGGACCACUACGGUGGAUACAAGAUGCCCAUGUCCGGAUUUACGGUCGACGGGGAGUUUGUCGACGAUGGCAAAAAUUACACCGUGGUUCUCGACACGGGAGGACUCACUCUUCAGGUGCCCAACAAAACCGUGGGGAUCCUCGCCAAGAAGCACGGUGGAGAGUGGUCCCUCAAACACGACCGAUGGACCAUUGACUGUGACGCCAAGCCCGUGCUGACCUACGGAUUUGGAUACACCCAGAUCGACGUGGAGUUUGACCAGUUCAUCAAGAAGGCGGUCGGUGGACCCGAGUGUCUGAUCCAGCGAAUGACCUUUGCCUCGGACGACCAAACCCAGCUUCUCACGGGUCCCCCUGUCAUUUCCAACGCUCUGGUCAUUUUCGACAACGACCGAAACCAGAUUCUGGUGGCCAAGGCCAAGUACACCGACGAGUCCAACGUGGUUGAAAUCACCGGAGACAUCCCUGGAGCUGUUCAAUACAAGGACUUUCUCGCUGGUAAGCCUCUUCCGGGAGACAAGUCCGCAGUUGCUUCUACUCUUGAGGUCAAGGCCACCAACGUCUAA